UGUAUUAUACAUUGCAACGAUUUACAUGAACUGAAUCCGGAGAUUAAACUCAGAAUUUCAUGAACCAUAUGUUUUGCAACAACUCCCAGCAGUGUUCAUAAGGCGUCAUCAAAGGAGACUAAGCGACCUAAACAAUGAGCAGAAACGACAAGGCAACAACUUCACUCUCGUGGCGGAGUCGUGGUGCGUGUUAAACUUUAGCAAACUUAUCAGGGACUCAUAACCUAUCAAGAAAAAAAGUUGAAAACUUACUUGUGCUUGUAUAAUUAUAGUUCUCAGGAAAGUCAAGCAAAGCAAGAACUUACCACAAGGGUCACCAAAAGGUUUGACAUUCAUCCACAACCAUGUCAGACACAAGGGACAGACAAGAAUUUCGUCAGACAACAGUGGAAGACUAUGCUGGUUGUUUUGUUAGAAUACAGUGCCUCUGGAAAGAAAACAAGAAAACUAGAUUCAGUGAGGAACUUCAGAAAAAUCUGGCAACCUCUGCCAAUCCUUAUAAAUUGAGUAUGGUGUGUGUAAAGUUAUGCCCAGAAUUAUAUAAGUGUAAAUCAAAUGCAAUGGCAGCAAAUAUACUAGUAGAGCUGCAGUGUUUUUUGAAGCAAACAAAAAACAAAGAGAAAUUUGAGUCCUGUCUUAGUGAAGGACUACAAAGAGAUGCAUUCCAGGUUGCAGUCAGACAAAAAAAUACUGGAUUAUUAAGGCUCCUUGUAAAGGCUUACCAGCUAAUAAAUAUACGAGACUGUCUUCUUCCUCAUAUCUGGGAUUUGCAAAAAGCAGGCCGUUUCAAAGAGGUGUGCACACUUGCCACUCUCCUUGAUAUCCAGUCACAGUUUUCUACAGCUGAACUAAUUGUUCCUUUAUUCCUCCAGGAUCGCUUGUCAUUAGCAGAUGAAUUUUUGGGCAAAAGUCCCACUCAUCAGAAAGAAAUCUUGCUGUUCAUUGAUGACCUCAUUGGAAACAAGGAUAAUGUGGAUUUUAAAAAAUUCAAAGUUAAAGAUCUACAGAAACUUAAGUCCAGGAAACUUCUUUGUAAUAUUGUUGCCAGACUGUUGAAAAGAUAUAACUUUGAUUCUUCUAUCUGUCCUCAUUUUCAGAAACACCGAGCUACAGGAGGAUUACGUUAUUUGUUCUAUAAAUACUACGUGGAGAACAGUAUUCAGAAAUUCACUUUUGAUAGUUUAGUAGCUGAUGUGUUAGAGGAACACCCAGACCUCAAAACCAUUGUGAUGGAUCUCUUCGUUGAGUACUGUGAUCUACAAGCUGCUGUACCUUAUGUUGCCAGGCUACAACUAACAUCACAAGAAAUUCCACAACAGAUUAAAAAUGCAGUAUUGCAAUAUCCACACCUUUCUGAGGAGAAUAAAAACAUUGACCAGUACAGAAAACAUACUGAGGAAGAGGAACUAUGGGAUGAUGAGGCUGGACAUUUCUAUUCCCUUAGUAUACCUUCUGAAAAAGUGGUUAUAAUUGAUACAGUUGACAGUGUGGAGAGAUGCACUAAGGAACUAUUGUCCAGCCCUCUGUUAGGCAUUGACACUGAAUGGAAGCCUACAUUUGGAACAGGGGCAGGUGAGCAAGCAGCACUAUUACAGUUAGCUACAACUAACCAGGUGUUUCUUUUAGAUCUUAUUUCACUGCAACCAGUAUUGAAGGACUGCCACUGGCAUCUUAUUGGUCAGAUGUUUUCAGAUCCCCAGAUUACAAAACUUGGAUAUGGUAUCAAAGGGGAUUUCAAAGUUCUUGGUCAUUUGCAUGCAGAGUUGAAAAAGGGCAUAUCUAAUGCAAAAAAUGUUAUUGACUUUGAUCAAACAAAAAGUAUACUCGUAAAAGAAUGUCCCAACAUAUUCUCCCAUAGUGAUGUAUUACACAAGGGUUUAAGUGAUUUGAUAUAUCGCUGUUUUGGAUUACCUCUUGAUAAAAAAGAGCAAUUUUCUAACUGGGCAGCAAGACCCCUUACCAAAUCACAACUCAUGUAUGCUGCCUUAGAUGUCAGGUGUCUCCUUGAUGUUUAUGCAUACUUAAAUCAACAAGCACAAGAUCUUAACAUCCCAAAUUGGAAGGACAUAAAACAUAAGGUGGUCGUUAAACCAAAAACGAAAACAAAGCCCACAAAAUCAUUCCCCGUUAGUGAAGCAAACACACCACAAAAUGAUACGAGAGGAAAGAAUCCAGUAAAUGCAGCAGAUUUCCAAGUUAUAUGUGAUACCAUGGUACAGGGCUUAGCAAAGCAGCUUCGUUCUUGUGGUAUUGAUGCUAAGGCCCUAGACAAUGGUGAAAGUUGUGAUCGCUGCAUUGAAUACUUUGAGAAAGAGAAGAGAGUGGUCCUAACUCGAGGUGGAUCAUACAGACGAUUGCUGAAAUACAUCCCUGCUGAGUAUGUGUACAAUGUUCAAAGUGAGGUUGGCAGGGAACAACUAGCUGAAGUAAUAAAAGCAUUCAACAUUAAGGUAACUGUGAGUAAUGUGUUUGCACGAUGUGUAAAAUGUAACUCAGAUGAAUACAUGUUUUUGCCCACGUCUGUUCUCGUAUCCUUGCAUGCCAAUACCUCUGAUGGCAUACCAGAAAGGAUAACAGUAGAUGAGUGGGUCGAGUACCCAGGUGGAAAGAUUAAUCUCAGAACAGGCCUGACAAGUUCUGGUGUCAGUAUCCAGGUGGGAUGUAUCCCUAAUUCUGUCUUGCAAAGAAUUAAAGUUUUCUGUGUAUGUUCUCAGUGUGGGAAAUGCUAUUGGGAAGGAACACAUCACAACAGAAUUAUUACAGAUAAACUGAAGGAUAUUAUUGAAGAUGAUAGAUUGGCAGAUAGUGGUGAUACAGGUACCGGUAAAUAUCUUGUGAACAGUGAUGUUGCACCUCUGGGAUAUCAAGUUGGAGUAGAAGUUCUGGAGGGAGCUGGUACACAAGUGGUGGAUACAACCGGGGCAAGAUGUGAAUCCUCCAGUUUUACUUUUCAUUUACCACGUAAUGAAUUGCCUUCAACUCCUGGAAACCCUGACUCCGAUGCUGCUGAGUUUCAUAUUAAUACACUAUGAACAAGGUAAAUGUUAUGGAAUGAAAAAAGUGAAAAUUUAAGAAGUUAUAAUUGAGAAGCACAGAACCAAAGUAGGACAAGAGCUGGUAUGCCCAAAAAUAAUAUGUAUGAUGUCUUUCACUGGUAGCAAUUAAAUCUGCACUAAAAAUUCUACAAUCUGCUACUUGAAUCAAUUCUGUAUCUUCACAAACUUGAAAUGCAUUUUUGUUUUCCAUUUAUGACACUUAUCCUACUUUGGUUCUGUGCACUUCAAUUUGUACUGUAUUGUAUAUAGUACUGUACUGUAUUUAGAAAAUGUGAUGACUAUACUGUAGUUUGAUUUGUUAUGUCACCAUGACGAAGGAACAUUAAGCCAUGCCAGACCUAUUUGAAAAUACUGUACUGUAUAUUCACUUAAUAUUAAUUCACCUUAGCGAUAUAUUUUUUUUAUGCCCUGUCUCACUUAAUGUUGGGUCAAAAUUCAGUUUAGUGGUGGCUUGACUCACUGGGAUGGGGGAAAAACUGAGGACUGUGCUCCAAUUGUGCAUCUCUACUGUUAGUUGUCUAUGUUUACUUUACCUGUGCACCUGAGAGUAUGUUGUGAAUUCUUUUGGAAAGCUGACAGUGAUAAAGCAUCUUGGCAAGGCCAGUUCCACCCCACCACUACUGUCAGGGAAGAGAUUACCUUUUGAAUCGACUUGUCCUUUUAUUUUGAAGUCGAAUUACAAAUUACAGCUCCUCCCCGACUUAUGACCUACUCGACUUACGACCACCCGCACUUACAACCGCCUCAGUCGUACCAAAAUUUUGUCAAAUUACAUAUUUUCGAGUCCCAACGUCAG